AGCUUUAACGUAAGCUGUGUAGGUUCCUGGGCUGUCCAGGCAGGAUAUUCCACCACAGCUGCAUGCUUUUGUAAUGUUACAAAAUGUAGUACAGUUAUUUAGGGAAGCUGAGGGUGAGCCCUCACCAUGAUGAAUUCCAGUAGCUAAGGCAAGAGAACAAGUUCCAUUUGAAAAUGCUCGUCUCUCCUUCCCUGGAACCUGUAAACUUCAAUUCCACAGCCGAAAUGUGCCGUGGGCACAGCCCGUAAGAGCAGAAACCGGCCGGAGCCCCCUCUCCGAGGCUGCGAGUGCAGGCCCGCCCCUGGCCGCGCUGUGGGGGAAGGCUAGGCGCCCCGGACGGAACGCCCCGGUGCGGCCUGCUGCAGGCCCUGGGAGCGGUCUCCCGCCCGGCGCUCGGCUCCCGGUUCCCGGCUCCCCGCUACACUGCGCCGCCGAGGAGGCGGACUAGGAGGAGGGCGUUCUGCGGCGCCCGCCGCGGCCAGACGCCCCCCAGUCCCUCAGAGCGGGGCCGGCCAUCCCGAGCCAGACCCGACGCCGUGGCUGCGAGGAGACGCGGCCGCUGUCGGCGGGAGGAGUGAUGCCCUGCCCCGCAUGGCUGGCGGGCGCGCGGCGGCAGCGGCCCCAGCCGCCACGCAAGAAACAUGCUUCAGAAAUUGUGGUACAGAUUUCGAAGGUCACUGACGCACUUCUGCAAACCAGUUAUUGCUCAAUUCCAGUUAGUGUUGUGUACACGAGACCAUUAAAAUGGGUUUUUUUGUUUCUCCUUGUAUUUUCUGUCACAGCAGUGUGGUAUGUAGCUUUUUCUUCCAACACUGUGAUUGAGCAUACAAACCUCAUGCAUUUCUAUGAAUAUGAACCAAUUUACAAGCAACAUUACCUCUUCACGCUGCGGGAGCGCUUGAAAUGCAAAGACAUAAAUCCAUUUCUGGUCAUCUUGGUGUCUUCACGUCCCGAGGAUGUGACAUCGAGGCAGGCCAUCAGGAUAACGUGGGGGUCUCAAAGCUUCUGGUGGGGACAUCGAAUUCUAACCCUGUUCUUGCUAGGUCAGGAUUCUCAAAGAGGAAACAAUGCUACAGGCCUGUCAGUAGAAGAUGAAAGCAUCCUCUAUGGUGACAUAAUUUGCCAGGACUUUAUGGACACUUAUGACAAUCUGACCUUGAAAACAAUCAUGGCGUUUCGGUGGGUUACUGAGUUCUGUUCAAACACUAGGUUCCUCAUGAAGACUGAUACCGAUGUCUUCAUCAACACUGCUAACUUGGUAAAAUUUCUUCUGAAGCUAAAUUCCUCAGAAAAUAUUUUUACUGGUUAUCCUCUCAUCGAUAACUUUGCCUACAGAGGCUUUUACCAAAAAACAUACAUCUCGUACGAUGAAUAUCCAUUCAGGUUGUACCCUCCGUAUUGCAGUGGGAUGGGCUAUAUCCUAGAUGGAAAACUGGCCCUGAGAGUUUAUGAACUGAUGAGUCAUAUCAAACCUAUUAAAUUUGAGGAUGUUUAUGUUGGAAUUUGCUUAAAUCUGCUUAAUGUGAACAUCAGUAUUCCGGAAGAUAACCAACAAUUCUUUCUUUAUAAAAUUAAUUUUGAUAUCUGUAAGUAUAGGCAUUUGAUUGCAGUACAUGGCAUUACAUCAAGUGAAAUAAUCAGGUUUUGGCAGGAUUUGUCAUCAGACACUUCAGUUAUUUGCCUUUGAUUCUGUAUUAACACAUAAAGUGAAACCUGUUCGGUGUGAAAACGUCCAGGGCAACACCAAACCAAACCACAGCUGCAGAGAUGGCUUCAACUGAAGGAGGGCUGUGCUGCUGGGGCAGAGUGCAGUGACAGCAUUUCUCUGGGACUUUCUGCUACUCUGAAAUAACGUUAGGAAUUCACAAAGCACUUUUCCAUGUACGCACCCUGUGCAUGCAGGAUAGUUUGGAAUACACCAUCCUGACUUCCUCUGAUGCUUCUCAAUGUGAUCAGCUAUAGCUACAGGAUUUCUACUUGAAUCUUCUGGACUAUAUGAAAUGUCACCAAGGAAUAAUGCUUAUGCUAAGAAACUGGCUUUGGAGGUGCUUCCCAAAUUCCUGCCUGUAUUUAUUGGUUUUGCAAGUGCAUCACCCUUUGCCACUCUCAUUUGUUCUCUGCCCAGCACGAAGCUUCUGCCACCCUUUUUCUUUCACUAUAUCACCACUGUAAUUGUCCCAAGAGUGUUACUGUCUUAUUUAAAUGUAUUACCUCUGAAAUUGCUUUGGGAGUGUUACAAGUCUGUGGACCUUGUGGGGUCUGCAGAAGCUGAUGGGAAAUUCUGGGAAUGGGAUGCACUCUCUGUGUGUGUAUCUAUGGACAGAUAAAACAGAAUUACCUUGGUGCCUUUGGUAAUAUUCAUAGCCUACUAGAGGGGCAGAUGCAGUGGAGUUCACAUGCAGUUUAUUUACUAGACAUCUCUAAUACAUGGGGGUAAUCAAACCCCAUGUAUGUACACACCUACAUGCGUGUACUGCAGCACGUGGGGAAGAUCCAAAUAGAUGCAUCUAUAUUGUGACAUAUUUUUUAGAAACAUUUGUCUCUAAAAGAGCUUUCUUCAGAUUUUAAAAUGAAAAAGGUAAGAAAUGCUAUCAUUUGUAUUGCAUAAAGAAGACAAACUCUACUGUAUCUGUAAAGACAGGUAUUUUAAUCACUUUAUUCAUAUCAGCAAGGCCGAGUUUUCAGUAGUUUACACUUCUAAUAGACAACAAUACAGAAUUUGCAACUGCAUUAACAUAAUUAUUCUUGACACAUCCACUACACAGUGAAGAUACUAUAGUUACAUCCUGUACACCUAGAAUGACAGAGCACUGCCACCUUGUUUGUACUACAGCUAGGAUGGUACCGUGUAUUUACAUUUGGCUGUCUUUCAGCUAGUCUCUUAGAGACAAAUUAGAAGAGGUGCAGAAACCUCUAGUACCAAGUUGGAGGUUUUACCAGGUUUUUUGUUACAUUGUGAUUAUGGUCAGUAUUGAAUUUUGCUACCUUUUCAUCUACUACACAUGGGGUUUUGAUGGAAUUAUAGGAAGUGUUAUUUUUUUUUAGAUAUAAAAAUGAGGUCGUGGGUACCAUACUCUCCAGACAAGUAUUUCAGAUGUCACUGUUUUAAGAAUGUAUGUUAAGAAGGUCAACGCUUUUCAAAAAUAGAUACUUUUUUGUUAAACUAAAUAGCUAAAGAUACAGUAUUGCAUAAUGGAGGAAAGAAUGCUCUUCUAUUUCUCAAAACGGAGGUAAAACUACAGCUGUUCCUGUGGGUUUAGGAUCUGUUAUUUGAUUGUUGUACUGUGAUCAGAUCCCGAGAGCACUGUGAGAAAUGUUUCACUUGUUCUUUGAUUGUUUACACAUCUUAAAGAAAACCAACCUCCUUUUUUCUGUUACAAGCCUGCCAUGUUAAAUGUUGAGAAAUCACUUAUUUGUCACAAGAACACUGAUGCUACCACAGUUUGUAUUGCUUUUUCAAAAAAGAAAAAAAAAAGUAAUUAUGAGAGACGCUGCAGCCUUCAGAAGGCGGCUGGCUAAAGCAGCCGGUGCUCCCGCUGAGAGACCCAGAACCCACAGUCACAGAGAGGCGGCUGCGGGGAAAACACAGCCGUCACCAAGCCACCAAGCAAGGUAGUUUUUAGUAUUUGUGCCCCAGAAUGAUAAUGCCAAUCAUAGAUUACAAGGGUUUUGCUCAUACACAGUGGUCUGUUUAUGCCACCUGAAAUUGUCAUGUAAAGUGACAUCAACUCUGCAAGAAAUGUAUGGUGUAAAAUAUUCCUGUUCCCGUUCUAUUUUUAAAAAUUUUAUUUUCAUUUCCAGAUCUGGCUUGUAUUUGAGUCUGACCUUAUUAUUGCUUAAAAGACUAAAAAUUCACAACUAAGCUAAUGUUUCUGCUUAAAGCAAAUAUCAGGGAAAUUUCUAGUGUGAGCAGCCAUGCAAAAGGUAAAAAAAGCUUAAGAAUGUGAACUAAUACAAGCACUGAAGUCAGUGGUGGGCCCAAAUUUUAUUGCAUCUGCCUACGAUACUGUACUAAAACUGAAGCCUAAACCACAGGCUAAGACUUUUCCAAAUACCCAGAUUCUUUUUCUCAUGCAGGCAAAUGGUUCAGAAAGCUGUAAUAAAUCAGAAUUCCAAGCAGUUGUGACUUUGAUAAGAAAAAGCGUGAGGCUUUCCAACUUGAAAAGCCUAAUGACAACUUAUUGGUCAAAGAUGUUUGGAACUGCUGCUGGGUGGAUCAGAGAAGGGGUUUAAAAUGUAAAAUUUCAAGCCUGUGCUUCCUGUAUGGUAUUCCAGAAGAGUUAGAAAGUCAAAUGCUUAAAUGUUUUGUGUGCAUUCUGGAAAAAACAAGUUCAAAAUCAACUGUGAGACAGCGCAUGCUGCAAACUUUGGGGCAUUAUUCGCUAUGAUCAGUAUCAGCAGAACCUAAGACAGUUCGGAAUAUUUUUCUAAGUUUUGUCUCACCUUUUCUAGUUACAGUCACAGUUCAUUGCAAAGACCUCACAAAUGCCUGGAUGCACAAUCAAUAACGUAAAUUUAUUGUAUUUCUUUCAAAUUUAAACUUAAAACUGAUAAAGGUUAACUGAAUGACAUGACUCUAAUUCCUGAUCUGUGUCCAUCAGUUAUGUUAGGUAUAUUGGAGCAGUUUGGGACGCAGAGCUUUGCUCCGCAGUAGUGAGUAGUAUGUACAUUUAAUAUGUACUUUACAGUUUGCCUAAGAUAGAGGUGGUAGGGCAAAGCUUUCUGUAGUCUCUGUUAAAUUAAGCUCAUCAGGUUUUAAUGCAGAUACUGUGUAUUAAGCUGCAAACCACAACCAAGUGCCAGUGCUCCGUGCAGGAAGGAAAGAAAACGUUGAAGCUAAGCAGGUGGUUGGGUUUGGUUUUCAUUUGUAGUUGAGUCUGUAUCUGGAAGAAACCUGAAACUGUAAAACAAAACCAGACCUACCCCACUCCAUUUAUAUAUCGGGUUUCUAAAAUUCCUAAAGCCCUGUCAUUUCACAGAACCAAAGAAUAUGUAGUCUCUCUCUGAAAUGAUGCUGUGUGUGAUUCUUAGCUAAAGGCAGUAUUGACCUGCAACUCGCAGGAGGAAAUACUACCUGUAGUACAGUUUGCCUUAUCUGCCCUUACGGGACAUUGGGACUUAGUUUUCCUCCUAUAAAAUAAGGUCUUAAAAAUAGAACAUUUACCCCAGCACCCUCUCUUGAAAUGGUUCAUAUAUCUGAGCUCUGCCCGCUGCCAGUCUUCUGACAGCAUGUUAAUUUUCCAGACCACAUUUGAUACGAGUGGUCUGCAUGAGGUUUAGAGAGGCCGGCAUGUGGGCAUCGCAUCCAUCCGGGCUGCGCUGGGGCUCAGCCCAGUACCCUGCCACUCCCCUCAGCCACGCCUGGCCUGCAGCCGUCCUCCACCUAGGAGUAAAGUGCACUCUGCCCUGAGCUGGCAAUACAGAUAAAAUCUUAAACACACUUCUGGCUUGGAGUGAAAAAAUGUUACAAACCAGCCUGAAAAGGCUGUUACCUGUGAUAACACAGCCCUGUUGCACUAAAUGGAAGCUGUCCUUAACCAAGACGGAUGUUUAAAUGUCAUGGUUUUGUUAUCUUGGGUGUUGUGCAGGAUUUUUGUUAAUAAAGCUCUGACCUGCC